AUGGAAUCUAUGCAGUACUUGGGGGUCCCAGUUGGAGCAGGGAGAAAGAAAUCAGCCGAUUUUCAGCGGUUGUUGGACAAGGUGGAUUGCAAAAUCAGAGGGUGGCAGUCUCGUUGCCUUACUCAGGUUGGCAGAGUUGUUCUGCUGCAAAAUGUUGUGAGCAGUAUUCCGCUUCACAUGUUAGCGGCAGCUUCGGUUCCUUCCGCAGUGUUAAAGGCCUUAGAAAGUAGCCUUUGGGGUUCUUUCAUGGCCACGACAUAUGGUAGAGACUUAGCGGAUGAUGGUGGCACAGGUCGUGGGAUGACUGCGGCCUCCCCUGUAUGGAGAAAAAUUCGUGAGCUUUUUCCUUACACGGAAUCUCAGGUGAUUUGGCAGGUUGGGAGAGGAGAUCGGUGUCUUUGGAAGACCAAUUGGACGGGGCUAGGCCCUCUGGAGAGUAGAGUCACGGCCCCCAUCCCCGCGACAUUGCAGGGUAUACAGAUUCGCGAUUUUCUAGGCAAUGCUAGGCCUCUCCCGCCUUCAGCGGUGCCCUCCUUCCUCUCGCAGGAAACCAUCAACUUCAUUUUUCAUAAAGGGUUCUGUACGUCUAAAGAGCCAGUGUCGCCAAUCUGGCCUUUCUUCCCUGACGGCCAGUUCUCUGUUAAAACAACUUGGGAUUCCAGCCGUCGGUCCAGGCCCCGUGUCUUUUGGGCGAAGCAAAUGUGGCAUACCCUCUUGCCUCCCAAAAUCUCGCUUCUCACUUGGAGGUGCAUCCAAGGGGUGAUCCCGGUCGAAAGUGUUGUGCAGGCCCAAGGGGUCUCAUUGGCGUCGCAAUGUGUCUACUGUGACAGGGCUGCGGGUCGGGUCCCAGGAUGUGAAACAUCUCCCCAUCUUUUCCUUCUUAGCGAUAGGGCCACAGCGAUUUGCUCACAUUUUGUGGAUAUUUUUAGCAGAAACUUGAUGACGACCAGCUCAAUAGAAGACAGGCUGCGACACUGGUGGAACGGGCCAAAUCUUGGGGGCUAG